AUGNUCCCUUACGCUAUAAAAACUGCCAUAGAAUUGGAUUUGUUNGAGAUUAUGGCCAAGGGUGGACCUUUGGGGACUUGUAUGUCACCGCUGGAUUUGGCUUCCAAANCCGCUGCAAAAAAUCCAGACGCUCCAAUGAUGAUUGAUCGAUUGCUACGUCUUCUUGCUGCUUAUUCGGUAUGUACUUGUAAGUUGGUGAAAGAUGAAAAUGGAAAAGAAUUUAGAGUUUAUGGAGUAGGAAAANCCGGAAGAAAACUUAUUAAGGAUGAAGAUGGAUUUUCUAUGGCGUCUACUGUGGUAAAUCAAAUCCACAAAAUUGAAGAUGAUUUCUGGUAUGAGUUUUAUUAA